AUCGACCUGGAAUCGAGAGCGAGGCCUCCUCCCUGGCUUGCCCCAUCCUCCUUCCCACCACUUGAGACGACCAUGCGGCACGAAAUUUGACAGAAGAUGGAAGACAUUUGACGACUCUAACGACGGACUCUGUGACGGACCGAACGAUAGCAUUCUUACGACUGAAUCACUCACGAACACAUAAGACACAAACACAUACCCAAAAACAGUAAUCCACACCACCGGGAAACAAAGGGGAAAUGCCGCCACGACUGCCCUCUCAGCAGGCUAUGGAAAUGGUGCGGCCACAGCAGGGAGGAGGCCCCUACACGCCCGUGUCUGGACCCGUCAAUAACAGCGGCAGACCUGGGAUGAGACAGAGCUACUCGAGCUUGACCCAGCGGUCCGACAUGGAGGCCACGCCACGCAAUUCCAUCUCAUCCAUUGGCAAGACUCCAUUAAGGUCACCUGCGAUGGAGGAAAAGGACGGCCUCUAUGCAUCACAGCCGAUGCUGGGGGGAGAGACAGGGCCGGGUCAGAGCGAGAGCGGGAGCAGCAUAUACGGAGGCGCAGGCCACUACACCGAGGUGUACGACUCGCCCGACCCCUCCUCGCCAGCAACCCGCUACGACAAGUCUCGUCCAAAGGCCGGGCAGGAUGACUGGGAAAGGGUCGACGACAAGGCGAGUCUGAUCCAGCGCGCCAAGCAGAGAAAGGCGGCCAUGCAGGAAGAGAUGAACACGCCCGAGGGACUCCAAUCGUGGAAGAGGACGCUGGCUUCCGUCGGUCUCCUCUCGGGCACCUUUGAUGAGCACGGCGACGAUGAUGAUUGUUACAAUGGACCGGGAAAUGGCGCCGAUACAAAAAGAAAGAGCAAGGGCAAUAAGGGCUGGCUGGGCUCAGACGCAUUAUCUGCCUGCGUCGUCCGAAAGGCCCUGCACACGCUCCCAGUUCUUGUUCUUCUGUGGAUCCCGGGCAUGGUCGCCAUCUUUGGCUAUGGUGCCAGUCCCAACAAUGACUUUGCGCAGCCGACUCUGCUCGGCACCGGCACCUUCUGGUGGUCCAUCUGGCUCUCGUCGGUCUGGGCGUCCAUCUGGAUCAUGGGCCUCCUCGCCCACUGGGUGCCCCGCUUGCUUCGUUACACCACCAGCGACGUCUCGUCGGUGCUCGACCGCCAGAUCUACUACCUCAUCGCAACAGAGACCUACGUCACCUUUUUCCUCUGGUCCUUCUUCGCAUGGGUCUCCUACUUUCUCAUUGUCUGGGCCCACAAUCCUGCCAGCGGCCAGGCCGAUUCCCUCGACCCGUUUCUAACGCCGAGUAACAGCACCUCGACGACGACUUCGAGCAGUACGGGCACCUUUUUCCUCCACCGGCGCGACAGCUCUUCCUCAAAUACGGCCAACUAUAGCUCAGGGACCCAGGAGAGCAUCUUGUUUGGCCGCUUUCUCCUGGGCAUCUUCAUCUGCAGCAUCAUUCUCCUCGCCGAGAAGCUGGCAAUCCAGUCGAUUGCCAUGGGCUUUCACGAAGUCACGUACCAGGACCGCAUCAAUCUGGCUGAAUUUCAUGUCAAGGUCGUCACGACACUCUAUGUGCAUUCGCGCAAAGACAUCAACAAGCUACGCUCCGAGAUGACAGCAGCAGCAUCCCCGCCAACGGCCUCUGAGGCCAUCAAGGCCAAGCAGAAGCGGCGCAUGCAAGCUCAGCCACCUAGAAAGACCGAUAGCGUUCUCUCCAUUGCCUCGAGGGACCUGAUUGGGCCUGCCUUGCUCGCGCCCACGUCCCCAAAGGCAAUCGUCACCGCUGCCCUGGAGAGGGCCGAAGAGACGAGGAAACUGGCAAGGAGGGUCUUCUUCUCCUAUUCAAAACCCUUGCCGGGUGCUUCACCUUUUGCAGGAAGCGGCGAGGACGACCAGAAGAUAUCUUCUGGACGAACAGCCGGGGACAAGGACGAAGAAAAGGACGAAGGAGAAGAGCAGACAGAGCGGGUGCUUCGACUCGAUGACAUCGCCCAAUUGUUCCCAAGUCGGCGGUAUGCCCAAGCGGCCUUCUCUUGCCUCGACAAGGAUGAUAACGGAGACUGCACCCUGGAGGAAGUCGAGGCCGGUUUCGAAGAGAUGCACCGCGAGCGCGUCUCGCUCCUUGAAUCGAUGCAGGGUGUCGACGCGGCCGUGGGCAAGCUUGACAAGAUUUUCACUUCAGUCUACACUGUCGUGGCCUGCAUCAUAGUCGCUGCACUCCUCUCGACGCAUUUUGCCACCUUUGUCACGUCCUUUGGUACAGCUCUCCUCGGUCUCUCGUGGCUCGUAGCCAGUACCGCCCAGGAGGCUCUCUCGGCUGUCGUCUGGGUCUUUUACAAGCAUCCAAUCGACUGUGGUGACACUGUCGAUAUCCCUGAUCUGCUCCCGCUCAGCUACACGACCCAGUCACUCAGCGACACAAGCGAGUGUCUCUUCACGGCGACGUACGUCGUCCAGGAGAUCAAGCUCCUCUCGACGGUGCUCAAAUCGUCGACUGGCAAGUUCGUGCAGGUGUCCAACGCUCAGCUGGCACAGAAGCCCCUGGUGAACCUGAGAAGGAGCGGGCCCAUCGAGGAGCUCAUCCGCAUUAAGGUCUGGUACAGAACCUCGCUCGACAAGAUUGAGGAACUCCGAGCCGAAAUGAUCAAAUGGCUCGAUGCGCAAGGCCGCGACUUCAAGCCCGGGCUCGACAUCCAGAUUGACGGCCCAGGCGACCAGAGCGGCAUGACGCUCGUCCUGGGCAUCCGGUACAAGUCCAACUGGCAGAACUCUGCAAUCAAGGCUCGGAGGCGCAACCGGUGGAUCUGCACACUGAAGAACCUCAUGUGGACCCUCUCGAUCCACGGCGUGCAGGGUGAUCCGCUGCAGCCGAGCCCGGUGCAGCUCUGGAGCAGGGUCGACGAGGUGCCGGAGGGCGCGCUCGAUCCGGCGCCCAAGGAGAGGGAGCCCAUCACCAAGCGGGGCCAGGACGCGGCCGGGGUCAAGCUCAUGGACACGCGCAAGCUCAACGAGAAUCUGAUGGACGUCUACGGCGAAUCACCCUCCAACACGUGGGACGACGUCGUCUCGCCCACGCUGAGCCGCGCCGACGCCGUCGUUACGCUCGACGAGGGCGCGGCCUGGCAGCAAAGGCAGCCGCAGCAGCAGCAGCGUGCCCAGACACAAGCGCAGGAGCAGGCGGCAGCGUCGCGACCGAGAUUCCCCAUCAGCCGGGGCGCAGCUUCGCCCACGUCCCAGUACGUCCCACUACACGUUCAGGCAAGGCGCAUGUCUGGUCGGCCAGACGAGUCGAUGGCAUAGCUUCUGACUCCGACUGCUGUCUCCUCCCUUCCUUGCGCUGAGAGAGUCAUACCCUGUUCCUGACAUUAAUCGAGCUCAAUCACCCUCAAUGUCUCAAAUGAUUCAAUGCUUCAUUAUACAUGGGGAUUCCGUAUCGUUGCCUGCUGCUGCCUGUUGCUCUGCUACAAUUGG